UUAUCAUAACGUUAAAGUGCAGCAGGUGCAUCACUAUUUGUAAUAGUCUUUACCCGUUUUGUGACGCAACGAUAAUAGUCUUUACCCGUUUUGUGACGCAACGAUGGGUCAGUGUGGAAUCACGUCAUCCAAAACCGUCUUGGUUUUCCUCAAUCUCAUAUUUUGGGCCGCCGCGGGCAUUUUGUGCUACAUCGGCGCCUACGUGUUCAUCACAUACGAUGACUACGACCACUUCUUCGAGGAUGUGUACACUUUGAUUCCAGCCAUCAUUAUAAUCGCUGUCGGGACUCUCCUGUUCAUCAUCGGCCUGAUCGGCUGCUGCGCCACAAUACGUGAGAGCUCCUGCGGCCUGGCCACUUUUGCUGCCAUUCUGCUGCUGGUAUUUGUAACAGAGUGUGUGGUGGUGGUGCUGGGAUACAUAUACAGGGCAAAGGUUGAGGACGAGGUGAACCACUCCAUCCAGAAGGUUUACAAUGAAUACAACGGCACCAACACGGACGCUCCCAGUCGCGCUAUAGACUACGUGCAGAGGCAGCUCCACUGCUGCGGCAUUCAUAACUACUCGGACUGGAGGAACACUCGCUGGUUCAAAGAGUCUAAAAACAACAGUGUCCCCGUCAGCUGCUGCCAGCCCAACAUCAGCAAUUGCACCGGCACCCUCACCCGACCAGGAGACCUUUACCAGGAGGGCUGUGAAGCUCUGGUUGUGAAGAAGCUAAAGGAGAUAAUGAUGUACGUCAUUUGGGCCGCACUCACGUUUGCGUCAAUACAGAUGCUGGGCAUGCUCUGCGCCUGCGUGGUGCUCUGCAGGCGGAGUCACGACCCGGCGUACGAGCUGCUGGUCACCACCAACAGCUACGCUUGAAGCCGGCGUCGGGGGAAAGGGAGCGUCACACCACUUCACGGUAGAUUUCCGCUGUAGUUGUAAAAUAUAUUUCAAGCAUAUAAGCUCAAGCACACCUUGCACAAUCCGAUAAAGUAGCGAACACUGGCAACGAGUGGGGCUCGAACAGGAAGAACCACUUAUUUAUUAUUAUUGACGUCAUGCUUUGUAAGUUCUUUUUAAUGUGUUAUUUUCCUCUCUUUAACCAACACUUUAAAAGCCAAAGUAUUAAUGGCUGACUUUUCUUUUUUUUUUUAAUCUUAUAAAAAUAGGCACAUAGCUGCAACAAUUAAUUGCCGAAUCAUUGAUUAAUUAAUGAUCCAAUUAAUUAAUUAAAAAAUGUAAAUAUGUCAUUGUGAUUUGAUUUUUUUUUACUAAUUUCCUUAGUCAUCCAAGAAAGCAGACCUGUUUGUGUUUUAGAUAAAACAAUAUUCACACACAUCAGCUUUGACUUUGGAAAACAGUGAUGAUCAUUUUUGCCUCUUUUCUAAUAUGUCGCAGGCCCAACCACUAACUCUUUAUGUGUGGUUCAUUUUGACACGGUCCCUCUUUCGAUUAGUCAAAACAACAAGCUUCAGAUUAACCGACUAAGAAAAUAAUUGUUAGUUGCAGCCCUAGAAGUAAUGGAAAUGGAAAUAAUUUAAUCCAAAUCAGUAUAGCAUAGCCUUUCAAAGUGUAACAUUGUUAACUAUUAUACAAUGAUAAAAUGAAGUGAGCACAGUUGCCGAGUUGAGGUUUUGCGAGAUUUGUUACCGGCUUUCAAAAUGUCUCGUUUUGACAAAUACCGGCGACAUAUUGUGAACUGACUGAUAUGAUGUAGCAUUCAAAUUGAGAGGUUCAACCGAAUUUGACCAACAUUAAAAAUAAAACAUUUGAUUAUAUUAAAUGAAAUUGCGCCUAUUCUACUAAUUACAGUAUAUUAGAUGUCAUACAAAAACAAGUACUAGUGAGAAGAGGCUUUAUGUGGGAUGUAUUUCCUUAUGUACUAUUUUGUACUGUGAUUCAGCUUUGGUUGUUGAGGCAAAAAUACAGAAAAAAAAUAUGAUUUAACCCCCCCCUCCCUCCACACACUUCUAAGAAGUCACAUUUACACUCUUUUUCCGUUUUAUUUUCAUGCUGUGAAUUUCCUUCUUAAUCCGCUUCAGUAUGGAAGCACUGUGGACAUGUGAGACAGUGUGAGCCAGUCACCAGUGUAUUAUCAGUCAGUGGGUGUAUUAUCAGUGUUAUGCGUGCCCUUGUGUGCGUUUCCUCUGUUUAGUCAUAUGCCCACUAGGAAGAAUGACUUCUUUUAUAUUUAUAAAUAUAUAUAUAUAUAUAUUGUGUGUGUGUGUGUGAAAUUGUGCUGUUUUCUUUAGUUAAUUUGACCUGUUACAUAUAUUGACCCCGGAAUAUUUUCACGGGAGCUGUGAGGAAAGAGGAGAUGAAUAAAAUUGUACAUUCGAUUUGAAUAGCAAACAAAUAAAGUCAUACAUUUCAA